GUCCACGGGCAGCGCUUACCUGUGCCUUCAUCUGCUUUUGUUACUCGUGUCUGCUUCUGGAUAUCAGAAGGUCAGAAGGACAGUGUUCUCAAUAGGCACGGUCGUCUUAUCUCGGUCGAGGCUGGCUUCCUUGUUUCGACGCUUGGUCGGCAGUGCUUCGCCAAACCGCCCCCGGUCGCGGCCGAAGCGGCGCACGGCCCAAUUCUAGGCACGGUCGGCGGCGUUGGGGGAAGACUCUCUCGUAUCGGCAGCCCGCUGUUGCACGACCGCUAAAUCCGAAGGACAGCCGAACGCAUACAUCUAGCUCUCCCAUCGUUUACACCCUGUUGUGCGUAUACAUCUCCCUCCUCUUGUUCCCCACUUCACGACCGCACAUAUCAUGCCUCGGUACGCCUCACCAGAGCCUGACGAGCGCACCGUCCUCCUCCCCACCCAGCCUCAACCGCCUCAGGUGCCCAUCAUCCAACUUCCCUCACCGCAGAAGGUCUCUACCCCACUACCCACACCCAACAACAACGAAAAGAAACGAAUAUCCCCGCUCGAGCUCCCAUGGCACAACAAGGUCCUCCUCCUCAUUGGCGUAUGGACCGCUACAAGCCUUGCAAGUUUGAACAUGACCAUGGUCGCUACUCUCAUGAGCUCGAUCUCGUCCUCCUUUGGCGCAUCCAACCAGAGUGCUUGGCUCGGAACUUCCUUCCUCCUCGCUACAACUGCUUUUACCCCACUGUAUGGAAGGUUGUGUAACAUAUUGGGCAGGAAGUGGGCCAAUUUGACCGCUUUGUGUUUGUUUGGACUGGGAACGACCAUGUGCGGGUUUGCAACCAGCUUAGAGGGGCUCAUACUCGCCCGCUUCAUUGCCGGCAUUGGUGGUGGCGGUCUCGGUAUCACCUCUUCCGUGAUCGCGGCGGAUCUCUUCUCUCUCCGUCAGCGUUCCCUUCUCCAAGGCAUUAGCGCAGUCUUCAACGGCGCCGGAACUGGCCUUGGCGGCCCCUUCGGAGGGUACAUGGCCGACCGGUUUGGUUGGCGCUGGGCCUUCCUUGCCCAGCUACCCAUUUUUGCUCUGAGCUUUGGCCUCUCCGUCUGGAACAACAAGUACUACACUCCCGGCCGUGGCGCAAGUACUUGGGAAAUGAUCAGGCGUAUUGAUUGGGCAGGGAGCGCGUGUCUCCUCGUGUUUGUUCUGAAUCUUCUACUCUUCCUAUCGUUCAAAUUCAACUCUGAGAGCCCGUGGAGCUCCCCGGAGGUCAUCAUUACGUUCUGUGGGAUGAUUGCCUUUGCGGGGAUCUUCAUCCUCACUCAGCUGUACGUCAGCCCAGAACCAGUGCUGAGCAGGAAGCUGUUGAAGAUGAAGACGCCGAUGAUUGUUGCCGCGAACAACUUCUUGGUCGCUGUGUGCAAUUUCGGUGUUACCUUCUACUUCCCCGUCUGGUUUGAAACUGUCGCCCUGGAGUCAGCUGGGGAGGCGGGCUUGCAUCUGCUCCCUAACGCGCUCGCAUCUUCUACUGGCUCCUUGUUCGCGGGAUGGAUCAUGUCUCGUACAGGAAAAUACAAGACUCUCAGCAACAUCUUUGGUAUCGUGCCUGCGUGUGCAGCGGUAGGGAUUGCACUGAUGCACUCGGGGACGAGCCAGUGGCUCCAGUGGGUCAGCAUCGUCCCCCUCGGGUUUGGCAACGCGGUGGUCUUCCAGACGACUCUCAUUGCACUUCUUGCCUCGGUUGGGAGCGGCCAGGUGGCGGUAGCCACGGGUUUUGCCGGCCUCUUCCGCUGUAUUGGCCAGGUGUCCGGCGUCGCCUUCGGCGCAGCGUUCUUCCAGAGCCUGCUGCUAAAUCAGUUACAACAGCGGAUCACCGGACCUGACGCCGAAUCCCUUAUCACUAAGAUUCGGCAUGACGCGAAGAUUGUCCCUGAGCUACCAUCCGAUCUGAAAGAAGAGGCUAGGCAAAGCUACGCCUACGCGUUACGCGCGGUAUUCAUCUUCUGCGCGAUAUGCACAUCUCUUGCAUUUGUCGUUCGUCUACCUAUGCCUGAACACUCGCUAGACGAGCCUCCCACCGCUUCCCGCCCCGGCAGUCCAGAUUCGGAAGAAUCUGAGGAGGACAAGUCAUCCGAAGAAGAAGACGAGGAGGCAGCGAUCGGCGUUUCUAGUGAAACGAGUGUGGAGACUCCUACAGACGUGGUUUCUGUCCCGGUCACACCACGGUCCACCCGCCCCAGAGUGCGCAGAUACUCGACGUACGAGACUGGGGACGGGUUCGCCUAUCCUCAGACGCGCCCGAAGUUGCAUCGGCGGAAGGCUGCUGUGCGUAGCGUGUCCGAGCGCCCGACGGGCGGCAGGUCAAGGAGCAGGAUUAGGGACAAUCACGAUGGGCGCGGAGUGAUGGAGGAGCAGGAGCCGAUGGCAUUUUCUCUCCCUACUGCGGACCCGAUCUUUGUUCAGGAGCGCGAGGGCCAUCUGGCGCAUAGGCGUACGAGUGCUGAUGCGGACGGAGAUGCAGAUCGAGAAGACGAAGGGGAGCCAUCAACGCCCGUGAAUGGACAUGGACGGCCGAUGGCAUUCUCCCUUCCUCCACCCAGCCCAGGGAUCGAGGAUUGGGCGACCCAGAGCCAUCAUCAUCAUUUCUACGGGGAGGAGGUACAUUGGCUGCCUGAGGCGCCGGAGGUUGGCAGUCCUCAAGGUUCGAGUCCGCCAGGCGAGGAAGCGCUCUGGACUCCGGAGAGAGAGGCGGUAAGGAGCCCUGGGCAGUGGAGCGAGCUGAGCGGGAUGAGCGGGCUGGGGAGUGUGUUGGAGAGCGAUGGGGAGGAGGAGAGCACGCCGACGGUUGGCACUCCUAAGGGUUAUUUUCCUCCUCAGAGACGGUGA